AACGAGGCAGCUGCUGGUAGAGUUCUCACAGCGAGUGUUUCCGCACACCUAGAAUAAAGAGCCUGCGAGCGAGCAGACCCAGGACAAGGAAACAACAGAGCAGCUCUGACGGAGCUAGACGACAGAGAAUAUAUAUUUUUCUACCAUUUCCCGUCAUUCUGGGUUGGGUGUCUCUAUGUUGUACGGCCGUUAAUGCCUCGAAUGUGAAACGUUGAGAGGAGGGCUCGCUGGUAACCUUUACGUUGGUUAAGCCGUAGAGGACUCUCGCUGGUCGCCGGAGGAAAAGAUGUGCGAUGGAAUGGUAGCGUUUCAGACGAGAGCCCCGUCCUCCUCUUCCUCUUCUCCUCUAGCCCACAGGCUGGCUGCCUCUGCGCUCCUCCUCCUCUUCACCCUGCUCCCUCAUGGUCACGCAUCAGGUUGUGCGAGGCCACCUGGCGUGCAGCACGGAGACCUGCUGAACCAGACCGAAGCCAACCGGGGCUCUUUUCCCCCCGGCACCCUUCUGACUUACGGCUGCGAGCCAGGCUACACUGCAGAUGGACCCACAAGCAUCAUUUGCACCAGCUCUGGAGCCUGGUCCCAUCAACCUCCAAGCUGCAUCAGAAGCAGCGUGUGUUCACCUCCCACUGAACCAGAGAACGGGGGCUACCGCUGUCACCCAUCUCCCUGCCAUCGCCUCAUCCACAACACUGUCAUCGAGUACUUCUGUGAUGAGGGCUAUGCUCUGAAGGGAGACUACAAGUUCCUCACCUGCCAGAACGGAGAGUGGGAUGGCCCAAUGCAGAUAAGCUGCAGACUUACACAAGACAAGGAGCCGAGCUCUCCGCUGGGUAUACCAGCUCUGUCUAUCGUGGCAUCCACAGCUAGUUCUGUGGCUCUCAUCCUGCUUUUAGUGGUGCUGUUUGUUCUUGUGCAGCCCAAACUCAAGUCCUUCCACCACAGCAGGAGGGAGCAGGGAAUCUCAGGCCAGUCCAGCUCCAUCAUGGUGGAGGGCGUCCAGGUGACACUUCCCUCCUACGAAGAGGCCGUAUAUGGAAGCGGUGGACCCUGUGGCCCCUCAGGUCCUCCUCCUUCACCACCACCUCCUCCUGCCCCUCCAGAGUCUCGAGUCCCCAUCGUGCUCUCUGAGGGUCUUCCUCAGGGAGCCAUGGGAGGCCAAGGCCCCAGCAGAAACCGCCACCACAGAGACUUAGACUUCUGUCUCCCAUCCACGUCCUCUUCAUCAUCCUACUCCUCCCGCCGUCACGCUGAGACGGUGCUGGUACAUCAGGCCCCCUCCUCCUCUUCCUCCUCUUCUUCAUCAUCAUGGGCUAGAGAGCACCCUGGGGGUGCAUGUGCAGGCCCCCUACCUCUUCGUAGAGACUCUGAGAGCAGCGACCAGCACAGUCUGCUUUCUGUCACCUCUACAGACGAGUUUUCUGACGAUAUUCCCCUGCUGAAGGAAGCAUGAAGCCUGCCAGCCCGCUAUCAGCAUCAGCAGCAGAGGCCCCCCCAUUUCCCCAUGUCUUACUGCUGACCAGGACUGACUGUGGCUGUCAACCCACUUCCCUUCUGACUCCCUUCAGCAGAGAAAAGACCAGAACUAUGCUCAUUCCCCUUCCCAUGCAGCCUCUUCUGCCAUCGCUGCCCAUGCAGAGCAAAACCAACAACCAAUAUUCACUGCAUCACAAGCAAUGAUGGAGCACCACUGGACCCAGCUGCUGGUUCAAACUGCAGACAAAAUGGUGCCAGCUCAACAUUAUCCUGUAGAUCCUAUGUAUAUGAGUAAAACACACACCGAGACAAGGUUGUGUACCAUAGGCUAUGUACUACCGUAUACUUGCCUCCUCCCAAAUCUAAUUCUCAAUAUUUACAUCACUUCAUGGGAGAAGGCUAUAGCAACCAAGACACGUCAACUCUGUCUGGGAUUACUGCGGAUAUGGAAAAAAGAAAUAUGAAAUAACUUGUGAUGUUCACUCCUGAAGCUGCAGCGCUCAGAAUCCGAAUCGUCUUCCCGCUGUACUUGAAAAGUUGUGAGUGGCGGCUGGGUUUUUCUUUCUUUUUUUCCCUUCUUUUUUUCUUUUUCGUGAAUGCUGCAUGUUGUUUUUAGUUAUUGCUGUCACAGCACGGUGGACCCACUCUGAAUGAAGCAUGAAGCCUCCUCCAUCUCUGACUCCCUCUCUCUCUCUAUAUCCUUCCCUCUUGCUGUCUGUGUUUCCGGGGUGGCGUCAAGCAUAUGGAUUAGCGGGAUUGAGAACCACUUCACAAGAGCUAAAAGCAGGAUGCAGCGUUUGACAGAGCACCGUGUCACAACUAUAAAAAGAGCUGUUCCUUUCUCUUUUCUGUUGCCAGCUGCACCUUGACUCUGGAAGGUGCUUCUUCUGUCGCAUGAGUGGGAUUGAUUGGUGUUUCGGUUCCAGGAUUGUGCAAUUCAUCCUACCUGAAUAAGCCCAGGGAGACGUAGUGUCACAUUCUGAGUGCGAGCUGAGGAGAGGGUUGUCUUUCUACAUGGUGAUAGGGCACGUGACUGAAAUUUAAGGUGGCUUCAUUUCCCUCCCUCUCUAUUUAUUGUUUGGUGUUUGGCUCAGUUGAAUCUGAGUGCAUGUGUGUGCGUGCGUGUGCAUCUUUAUGUGUGAGCCAUUUUCCGAUUUCGCCUGUCUUCAGAUCAGAGACUGGCCUCACAAUGUCCCCGUCUUACACCACAGGAAAAAUGUCCCUCCCAGCACUGAAUAAGUCACAUGAACAAACCAGCGUCACUUCAGGCAACUGGUCCAUUGCACAGUGUGUGUAUUAUUUAUCUCCUCUCCAGCUCGAAUAUUUAUCAUUUCUGCUGAAUGGCUGGAAAACACACGUCCCUUCAGAGAAACUGGCUCUCGCCCACCUUCACACUGUACCGAAGACUCUCCACUUUUGUGCUUUAUUGACACGACUGCAACUGGUUGCAGUGAAACAAUAAAAAAGUUUUGUUAUAUAGCACCCCACCCCCGCUACAUACACUCACCCUCCUGACGCCAAGUCCAGGUUUAAGAGAAUCGUGUUAUUUUGUUAGAAAUCAUCCAUCGCCACUUGAAACGUUUCAGUGGUUGAGCUGGUCACUGUGGAAACAGCAUGACUCUGGAGGACCCCCAGAAUUACUCUUCAAGCUUUGCUGCUCAAAGAAAAAAGAAAAAUGGAACAACCCAUCUGAAAUUCUGCUUCCAGUUUUAUUUGGCAUUUGUGGCUGUGUGUUAAUGUCAACGGCUGCAUUAUUAAUGCAAACAAUGUUGCCUUAGACUUGUACAUUUUCUUUAUUUUUUCUUUGUGGAUGUAUAAUCUGAAGCCUCUGCAUUGGUUGCUUUACAGUAUUGCAACAUGUUCUGUUUUCCCAAUGGCCUUACUCUGUUCUUUUCUAUUCUAUGCAUAAAACUGUCUUUGUGUAUUUAUCAAUGAGUUUACUUCUGUUGUGGACACAGCUAAAUGAAUGUCCAGUCCUUUUCUGUCCUCCCCUCUCCAGCUACUGUGAUGAUGAUGACAAAGAUGAUGAUGAGGAUGAUGAACCUAUAAGCACCUAUAAUUUCACUUUUCUUUUGCUUCUUUUUUCUACAAGGCAUUAAAAUAUGGGAUUGAAAAGAAGAGAAAAAUUUUGUUCAGAAGCACUGUUGUACGGUGUUGCUUCCCAGAAAAAUAACUGGUUAAAAAAGUACACAUCUUGAUUCUUAGUUUCAAUGCUUUCAGCUUUGGUUUUUCCUCUGUACAUGGCAGUGGGUGUAAAGAUAGUAAUUUAAUAUUUGUAUAAAGUUUAAUUUAAUUUUACAGUGUGUAUAUAACUUUCUAAUUAAAGCUUUCUUUUGAA